UGGAAACGUGAGAGGCCUGCGUCCUUCCGGAGCAACACAAGCUCUGCCUCGCAUGUGUUGCUUCUUGGCUCUCUUUGGGUGCAACUGUCUUUAGUUUUUUUUUUUUUUGUAGGGGGGGAGAUGAAACCCAGUGAUGCAGUGAUGCUCAGGGGUUAUUCCUGACUCUACACUCAGGGAUCUUUGUUGGUGGGCUACAGGGUCCCGGGGGUUGGACUUGGGUAGGCCUUUGAACUUGGGUAGGCCAUGCCCUACCCACUGGACUCUCUCUCCAGUCCCAGUCUUUUUUCUUUUUUCUUUUUUUGGGUCACACCCGGCAAUGCACCGGGGUUACUCCUGGCUCUGCACUCAGGAAUCACUCCUGGCGGUGCUCAGGGGACUAUAUGGGACACUGGGAAUUGAACCCGGGUUGGCCGUGUGCAAGGCAAACGCCCUACCUGCUGUGCUAUCACUCCAGCCCCCCCACCCCACUCUUUAUUGUGAACAACUGAAUUUGUGGAAUUUUAACUUGAUCUUCUAGCUGAGAUCUUUGUGCGGACGAUCCUUAUGAACAGUGACUUUAUAAGCAGUUCUAAUUAUGGUCUUGGGCGCUGGCUGGGGACUGCACGUGGGUGACACAAGUCAGGAUGGAUCCUGCACGAGAAAGAACAAGUUGAGAUUCUUUCCCCAUGAUUCGACCAUGGCCUCGAAACUGUCUACAGUUCCCCAAGGCCAAGGGAGUUGGCACAGACUCCGGGGGUCUGAAAUCCAGGCUGUCACCCCGACAGAGUUUAUCCCAUGAAGGAUGAUGGCAGUAAAGGGAAGAACUGACAGGACAGCUCCAGGAGACCGGCCAAGUAACGUCCUUUGAAGUAACACUCAACGGCACGAGAAGUAGGUGGUCUGUGAGCAGGAAAAGGAUGAAACCAGGAGGAAAAUGGAAAAGGUGAACGAAGAAGUACGCAAGACGAGAACCAAGGAGAGAAAAUGGGAGAAACCCACAGCACUGGGUGCGGUGAGCUGUCCAUUCCCAGCCGCUGUCCGCCAGAUCUGACAGGCGCCUCUCCCCCUUUGUGUCUGCCUGUGUCUGUGCGUGCGUGCAUGUGCCUGUGCCUGCAUGUGCAUGCGUGUGUGUGCCUGUGUCUGCAUGUGCGUGCAUACGUGUGCCUGUGUCUGUCUGUGCGUGCGUGUAUGUGCCUGUGUCAGUGUGUGCAUGGUUGUGUGUGCCUGUGUCAGUGUUACAUGCUUGUGUGUGCCUGUGUCGGUGUGUGCAUGUGUGUGUGUGUGCCUGUGUCUGUGUGCACGCUUGUGUGUGCCUGUGUCAGUGUUACAUGCUUGUGUGUGCCUGUGUCUGCAUGUGCGUGCUUGUGUGUGCCUGUGUCGGUGUGUGCGUGCGUAUGUGUGCCUGUGUCUGCACAUGUUUGCUUGUGUGUGCCUGUGUCUGCACGUGUCUGCGUAUGUGUGCCUGUGUCUGCGCGUGUCUGCGUAUGUGUGCCUGUGUCUGCGCGUGUCUGCGUAUGCGUGCCUGUGUCUGCACGUGUCUGCGUAUGUGUGCCUGUGUCUGCACGUGUCUGCGUGUGUGUGCAUGAGUGCGUGUGCCUGUGUGUGCCCAUGUCUGCGUAUUGUGUACCUGUGUCUGAGCGUGUCUGCGUAUUGUGUGCCUGUGUCUGUGCGUGUCUGCGUAUUGUGUGCCUGUGUCUGUGCGUGUCUGUGUAUGUGUGCCUGUGUCUGUGCGUGUCUGCGUGUGUGUGCCCGUGUCUGCGUGUGUGUGCGUGUGUGUGACUGUGUGUAUGCAUCUUCCGAACAUCACUCAGGUUGGGGGGUGUCACUCCCAGUGAUGUUUGGCCAAGUGCGCGGGCGGCUCCUGCUCAGGCCCGGUGACGGACCAGAGCAAGAGCCCAGCUUGGCUGGGGCUGCCAGGGCUCAGCUGGCAGUGCUCGCUGGCCCCAGGGCUGGCCUCUCAAGGCAUCAGACCCAGACCCUGUCCACCCGGGCCCUGCCCCGACUCCGAGACAGCUUGCCCACGAGCACGUAUUCCUGAGGAAGCAGCGGAUAGACUCUGGGGGGCGUCUGCCAUACUCAUACCCCAAAAUAGUGUGAAUGUGCCUUGUGCUCUUGGUCAGCUUGAAAAAAAAGGUAUAUCGGGACUGGAGCAAUAGUACAGUGGAUAAGGCACUUGCCUUGCAUGGUUGACGUGGGUUCGAUCCUCGGCAUCCCACAGGGUUCCCUCAGCCCAUAGGAGAGACUCCUGCAGAACCAGGAGUAAACCCUGAGCACUGCCAGGUGUGGCCCCCAAGCAAACAAAGAAAGAUGAUAUAUAUAUGUAUAAAAUCAUGGUUCAGCUUUCUGUUUCACUUUAUUUUAAGGAAAAUCUAAAGAGAAAAAUCUCCUCGCUAUUGAAGUUUAUCUGUGUAAGCAAAAUGGAAAGUUUAGAAGCAAAGUGAUGGAGUUCUUUGAUUUCUCAAGGAAUUGUUAGUCUUAGUAUCUGCCUUAGUGACCAGCCACAGACCUGCCACUUACUUCUUUAGCCCUUGCAGACAGCCAACUGCACACUGCACGCACGCGCUCGGGA